CUUUACAUAUAUCUUUUUCUUGUUUAUUCCCAAUUCUGAAAUCUUAUCUUCUCUUCUUGGCAUGCAGAAAAUUCUACGUCGUUUCAGUGUGUUUGCAGCCCCAUAUAUAUUUAUGAAUUUUUUAAGAAAAGGAAGAACAAAGAGAGAGAACCAUAUUUGUGGUGCGACUUCUUGCUCAGUAUUUUAAGUUUUGUGCUUUCUUCUGUAAUGGUGGCACAUUGCCUUUCUGCUUGAAGUGUUAUACUCUCUCUCUCUCUCUCUCUGUGCCUCCCUCUUUCUCUUUCUAGCAUGCAGGUAGCAGAGAGAGAAGAGAUUGACAGUUUAUUGCACAAGGGGUCGGUGAAGGCUGCUGUUAACUUAUUUGGGGAGAAGCAGGGUGAGGGGAAUGGAAAAUGGAAGAAGACCAAUAUCUCAAAUCCAGAGCAGGAAAGUGAACUGCAUAUUGCUAAGAGGAGUAUGAAUAAGUUCAUUGGCAGCGUGAAAGUUGCAGAAGAUGUGAAAUCUCAAGCAGGAUCUGAGCUCCAUGCUGCCAGAAGGACAGCCGAAAGCAUGAAAUCACAGAUACAAGUUUUGAGGGCCAGUAUUGAAGCGGAAUUGAAGAAAGUGAGAGUUCUUAGUGAGCAAAAAUGGAAUGGAAACUUCCAUUCUAGACUUCAAGAGGUUAUAUACCAGUACAAUGAAGUGCAACAGGAGUUGGAAUUGGCAAAACUGGAUCUCAGGAAAUUGCAACAGGAUAUGAGACAUGCUCUGGAAAUAAAAACAAAAGCCGAGUUACAAACUGUAGAGUUUAUAGCAAAAGCCAGAGCAGAUUCAGUUGCUGAAAGCAUACUGAGGAACAAGGUAGAAGAAGCCAAUGAAGAGCAUGUAUUAGUUGAACUGGCAACGAUAGAGGCUACUAAAGAACUGCGUGCUGUUGAAGCAGAAAUAGAAGCUAAUGCUGCCCACUUUUCUCGCACAAAGGCAGAAUCUCAGUGGAAGAUUAGAGAAUUGCUGCAUGAGCUUAGCUUUUUGAAGGAUCUUGAAGCCACUCUUGAACUUACAAACAGUGAGAUCGAGGUCUUGCAGUAUGAACUGACAUUAAUGAAAGAAAUGGAAGGAAUCAGCCAAAAGGCACCGAAAAGAACACACACUUCUCUGGCACAAUUGAUCUUUAUGACAGAGGAAGAUGAUUUAGCUGCAUCCACAGAGUUGGCAUCAGUCAUCACUGAACUUGAUCAAUCAAAAAGGGAGCUGCAGAGCCUGCGAGAAGAGGGGUUCCGUUGCAUGACUUCCAUGGACAUAAUCAGGAAGGAAUUGAGACAGGCAUCUACUGAUACCGCACGUUCAAAGGGCCUAAAGGAGCAAGCAGAGUCCAGAUCUGAGGGUCUCAAUUCAAAGCUUCUUAAAGCAAGGAAGGAAUUGGAAAGUGCAACAGCUGCAGAAGAAAACGUGAAAUCUAUCUUCUCCGAUCUAGUGGCUACACUGACACAAUUGUCUACCGAAGCAAAGGCUGCUAAGGGAGAGAAGGAGACGAUUUACAAAGAAAUUCAGAAGAUCAAAUUGGAGAUUCAAGAAAUUGGCAUUGCUACAAACGAAUCAGAGCAGAGAUUGCAGUUGGCAUUGCAAGAUCUAGAAGAAAUAAAAGCUGCAGAGAUGAUAACUCUAGAGACUUUAAGCAUUCUCUCAGAGAAGAUUGUGAUGACUAGAGCUGCAUCAUCGCAACGCAGUCCGUCCAUAACAAUAUCCAGUUUCGAAUUUGAGUACUUGAAAGCACGAGCAGAAGGAGCUGAUGAGAUUGCAGACAAGAAGGUGGCAGCUGCAAAAGCAUGGGUGGAAGCAGCCAGAACUGCGGAAAAGGAGAUUAUGAUGAAAACUGAGGCUGCAGAAAGAGAGAUACAGGAGAUAAAAGUGACUCAAGAACAAGAGUUAGACAAUAUAAAAAAGACAUUGGCUGCCAAGAAAGUGGUUGAAGCUGAACUGAACAAAUGGAAGAUACAAGAAUCAGAGAAAUUGCAAAUAGCAGCAUCAAUGCCCAAGAAAAAUCAAGGCCGUUCAAUGUCAGUACGUCGAUCACGAGCAUAUGGGACUCCAUCACCAGCACACUGGAAUUACACUCGUUCUCCAUCAUUCAGCUUGAAGAAGAAGAAGAAGAAGAUGGUAAUUCCUGAUCUGGCGAGACUUUUUAAGGGUAGAAAAUUUGGGAAAGACCAAUACUGCAAGUAGCAAGCUGAUGAUUCAGUUAAAGAAAAUCAUAUUACACGAAUUGCAAAGUUACCUCUGUAUCUUUCAAGCAUGUCCUGUUGAAGAGGAGGUUCCCAAUUCAUGGGCAUCUGCUUCUUGCUAUUGGAAGCAACAUACUAGUGAUGUACCAUAGUUUUGAAAUUUUUAUAAAGUUAUCUAGCUGUAAUCUCAGUUUUCACAAUUUUCAAUGUAUAGUGCAAACUAUUAAUUUUUUUGUUAUUA